CCAGGGGACAAGGCCCGAAAGGAAAGAACACGGGAAGAUUGUCCUCCACUCCAGGACCGCAGGACAAAGGCUCGCCGAAGAUUCGGAAAGCAUCACAUUCGAGAUAGGACUCUCGUUGUGGUUGGAUUAACAUCGCGGGUAAAUUGAAUUGUCGAGAAUUUGGGCACCGAUUUGAUGUAUGGUGCAAUGAUCGAGUAGCGAGGUGGUUGCCGAAUCAAGUCAGAAUUGAGCUCGGAUGCGGAGCUUGACGACUUGUCUCCACGCCAUGGGCUUGUCCGUGGGUCUCGGUGCUCGCGAAGUUUUUGUGCCGCGGGGUUUGGGUUCGUUUGGAUUCCAUGAACACCGACCGAAACUGCGCUGCUGCAGAGCCUCGCUUGAGGAAAUUCGACCACCUCCCGCUUUCAAUUUUUCCGCCGCGGAUGGUGUUUCUGUAGCACCUCGGAAAUAUCCUCCUUUGCUCAGUGCAGUGUCGCUCCGAUGAUGGAUUGGACAGACAACUACUAUCGAACUUUGGCGCGUCUGAUGACUCGUUGUUCAUGGUUAUAUACGGAGAUGGUUGUUGCCGAAACGAUUGUGCACCAAGCCGACAAUUUGGGCAGAUUUUUGGACUACCCUGCAAGUCAACAUCCAAUAGCGUUGCAAAUUGGAGGAAGUAAUCUGGUGAAUCUCGCCAAAGCGGCCCAACUUGCGUCUACUUAUGGCUACGACGAAAUUAACUUAAAUUGUGGGUGUCCUAGUGAUAAAGUCGCUGGGCAUGGUUGUUUUGGUGCAAGCCUCAUGCUGAAACCCGAGCUUGUUGGGCAAGCAAUGGCAGUCAUAGCAGACAACUGCGAUGUACCUGUAACAGUAAAAUGUCGGAUUGGAGUUGACAACUACGACUCUUACGAAGAACUUUGCACAUUCAUAGAAACUGUUUCGUCGAUGUCGCCAACAGAAGUUUUUGUUAUACAUGCCCGGAAGGCCAUUUUAAAGGGUUUGAGUCCCGCCGAAAAUAGGACUGUACCACCUUUGAAGUACGAGUAUGUAUAUGCACUGAUACGAGAUUUUCCACAUUUGAAAUUUGUACUGAAUGGAGGAAUAACUUCAAUUCUAGAGGCGAAAUAUGCUGUAGAUAGAGGAGCGUAUGGAGUUAUGAUUGGAAGAGCCGCUUAUAACUGUCCAUGGACUACUCUCGGGAGUGCUGACAGUAUUCUGUACGGAGAGCCAGGUCCAGGAUUGACUCGGCGACAGAUUCUGGAGAAAUAUGCAUUGUAUGCAGAUUCUACCAUUGGAAAAUAUGGUCCUCACAGACCAAAUAUUAGAACUCUUGUGAAGCCACUGGUUCAUCUUUUCCAUGCGGAACCCGGGGCAUCACGAUGGCGGCGGGCUGUGGAUGAAACCCUUCAAGUGCGAAAGACUGUACAAGGCGUUUUGGAAGGGACCUUGCAAGUACUUCCCGACUAUGUCUUAGACGCGCCACCUCCUAUCCCCGAGAGUCCGGGUGAUUCAUUAGUUUGCCGUUUGUCAGAUUUACCGAAGACUCCUAGCUUCCUGGAGCGAUCUUCUUCGAGUGUAUCUUUAAGCGGAUCCCAAUUGCUACAAGAGAUUGGUUGUAGAUAGAGUAUUAUUUAAAGCUAUCAAUGUUAGAGUGGCUAGUACAUGAACCCCUGGUUGCAGCAGCCAUCUUCCGGAGAAUAUUGUUGUGUGUGGAUGUGAAAUGUUACACCAUACACGAGUUCGUACGUGUUACGAGCUUUCAUUUGAAAGGAUCAGCAUCAUAUACAUUAGGAAUAUUUAUCCCUGCCCCAUGUGCUGAGUUCUGACGAGGUCUGCUUGCUGACCGAGUAAAUCUUGGAAUGUUUCUCUCGUCAAGGUAGCUGAAAUCGGAUGAUACCUUUUCUUGGCAAUCAAAAGUUCAGUGGAUGCCCUUCCGAGAUGAAUUUGAUCGCAAGUCAUGAACUGCGCUCUUUGCCAAUGUCUAAUACAG